UAUAAUUUUUCCCAUUUUGAUUUAUGGGUAAUUCGUCUCUUCAGCUAAUAAUUUGUAUUUUGUUUUUGUUUUUGUUUUUUUGACUCUUGAAUCUUGAAGAAGCCCACCGUCAGCUAAUAAUUUGUAUUUCUUUGUUUGCGUGUGUCAUCACACUCUAAAGCCUGCAUAUGUGUAGCAGAAUAUGUGUUGUGACUUUGCUUUGCUUUGCUUUCCUUUGUUACUAUGCCAAUCCAUGUUAAGUUUUAUCUUGUCCUUCCCUUUGCAUUGUCUUCAAUGUGGACCAUGUCACUUUUGUCACGGAUGUAUAUUUUUUUUUUCCUAGUUGCAUAUGUAGUUAUUGUUAACCAUCUAAAUCAUUUUUUUAAUUUUAUUUUAUCAUAUUUCCAAUGUGUGUUGUUUCUCCAUUUCUGGUUGAAACCCCAUCACCAUGGUCACCAUCCACCAUUCUAAUUGUCUGCUAGCAACUCCACUAAUACUCACCACUCUUGACAUCUGUAGAUAACCAUCAGUUCAUCACAAUCAACCUUGCUGAAACCUAAGCUUCGAAUUGAUUGGAGCAAAGUUCAAUUUGGGUGAUUUUGGGGAAUUUUGGGGGGUUUUACUUCAAUUCAAGAUGUUUCUAUUGAGCAGAAAUCUUGUGCACAUCUUGCGUCAUUUGGGGAAAUGCGUAUUCUAUUUUGCAAGACUAUAUUUUUUGAUUUGCACUUCGGAUUGACAAAUGGAUCUAGAUGGUUCUCUACAUAUGAUGCUGAUGUAGAAAUCGUAGAAAUGUUGAAAAUGAGGUUUAUUGAAGAUGGGCACAAGAAGGCACUUUUUAAAAAUGGUUGUCUGUUGCCAAAAUGGAUGUCGACUGAAAAUCUUCAGCUUCCUCGGGAAACAAAAUUUCUAACCGAAAUUGACUAUAUGAAUUGUGUCGGGAGGCUUUCAAAUACCGAUCAGUGGCAUUCUUUUGUUCACUUUUUACGAAAAGAUCUCAUAUAUGUGGUGGAGGGAAAUGAUGAGAGUUUUUUGAAGCAUGCUAUGAAUAGAUUUUUGUGGCAUAAUCCCUGUAAUUUUUACCCUGUGGCAAAUGUGGAUGCAUCAGUAGAUGAAUAUGGCAAUGCAAGUGUUGCUGUUGUCAUUAGGAGUCCUAAUGGUGUGAUAGAGAACACCUUUUUCAUGUCACUGGAGGGGAAAAUGUCUAGCCGUUCGGCGGAAGUAAAAAGCGGCGAACUGGCUAUUUUAGUGACUUCCGAGUUGGGGUAUGAUUCUCUUGAGAUAAGAAGCGACUCGGGAGAUUACGUCAAUGGUAUGCGUGGCAAAUUUAAAACCGAGGAGGAUGACCUGGAAUUCAUUAACUGCCGUGUGCAGAGGAAAUUGGGUAAAGAAAAGUUUGGUAUUAAUCUUAAAGUCGUGUUCGUUUUGAGGGAGGUGAAUGCUGUUGCAGAUUUCUUGUCCAGAAUUCCACAAAUUCGCGCCAAGUAUGGUUCCAGGGCGGUUAAGGCGGUUGAGACAAAAUAGAGUAUGCUACAAUUUGCUGCUCAUUUCCUGCUCCCUCCUCCAAAAUUUAGCUGUUUCAUCCUCCAAAAUUUAGCUGUCUUAUUUCUGCGGAUCAUUUUCGUCUUUUUCAAGAUCGAAAAGCUAUUCUACAGAAUUUUUUCAGAAAGCAGCGGCGACUAACUGAUUUUUUGAAGAGGAGGAAGGAUGAGACAGCUAAAUUUUGGAUGAGAGAGCAGGAAAUGAGACAGCUAAAUUUUGGAUGAUGAAACAGCUAAAUUUUGGAGGAGGGAGCAGGAAAUGAGUAGCAAAUUGUAGCAUACCCUUAUUUUGUCAACCUGCUCCCUCGUCCAAAAUUUAGCUGUCUCAUCCUUCCUCCUCUUCAAAAAAUCAGUUAGUCGCCGCUGCUUUCUGAAAAAAUUCUGUGGAGUAGUUUUUCGAUCCAAAAUUUAGCUGUCUCAUCCUUCCUACUCUUCAAAAAAUCAGUUAGUCGCCGCUGCUUUCUGAAAAAAUUCUGUGGAGUAGUUUUUCGAUCUUGAGAAAGACGAAAAUGAUCCGCAGGAAAUGAGACAGUUAAAUUUUGGAGGAUGAAACAGCUAAAUUUUGGAGGAGGGAGCAGGAAAUGAGCAGCAAAUUGUAGCAUACUCUAUUUUGUCAAAACUCUCUUUUUAUUAAAAGCUUUAUUGGGAUCUUAUAUAAUAUUGGCCUACAAGUGUCGGGGUUUUUCUAUAAA